UGCUUACAAAUACCAUUUCAGCCUGCAAACUUUCUCGUCAAUUCAAUUUCAAGUCUUGUAGCAAUAGUGGUACCUAGUAAUCAUGGCGAGAAUGGUUUUUUUCAUGUUUGUGGUGGCUUUUUUGGGCUUGACUCUGAGCGCAAAUGCCAAUGUUUGGGACAAGGAUAGUCCUGGUUUUAAUGACGAUGAUCUCAAGUCGGAAGAAAGCCUUCGACGUCUUUAUGAAAAAUGGGCAGUCUUUCAUGGCAAGACCAGAGAUAUCAUUGAUAACAAGAGCUCCAAGAAGUUCAAUGUGUUCAAGGAGAAUGUCGAGUAUAUUGAUAAGGUGAAUAAGAAGAAUCUGUCUUAUCAAUUGAGGCUGAAUAAGUUUGCAGACCUGAGUAAUGAUGAAUUCAAAGUGAUGCAUUUGGCAAGCAAGGUGAAGAGGCACAGCAAGAUCAGGGAGCCAACUUCCUUCAUGUACCACACUGCAACUCACCUCCCACGCUCUGUUGAUUGGAGAGUGAAGGGGGCUGUUACUCCUGUAAAAGACCAAGGGCAAUGCGGGAGUUGUUGGGCAUUUUCUACGGUGGCUGCAGUGGAAGGCAUAAACCAAAUCAGAACAGGAAAAUUGAUUUCUUUGUCAGAGCAACAAUUGGUAGACUGUGACAGCCAGAACAAAGGCUGCAAUGGAGGGCUAAUGCAAGACGCUUUUAAAUUCAUAACACAGAAUGGGGGUCUUGGUAAGGAAGAGAUAUAUCCAUACGACGCCGAACAAGGGCAUUGUAAGGUGAGCUCUCCUGCUGUAACUAUUGAUGGCUAUGAAGAUGUGCCUAGUAACGACGAGGGAGCUUUGAAGAAAGCAGUGGCUAACCAACCCGUGUCUGUGGCCAUUGAAGCAAGUGGUUCAGAUUUUCAGUUUUACUCCAAGGGAGUGUUUGAUGGAGAAUGUGGCACAGAAUUGGACCAUGGAGUGGCGGUCGUAGGAUAUGGGAAAGAUUAUUGGAUUGUUAGGAACUCAUGGGGGCCUAAUUGGGGUGAAGAUGGAUACAUUCGAAUGAAGCGAGGUGGCGAUGUUCCUAAAGAAGGGUUAUGUGGCAUUGCCAUAGAAGCUUCCUAUCCAACCAAGGGUACUCCUGGCCAUGUUGAUACUACAUGGGAACAGUUCCAAAAAUCCCAAGGAGUGCUUGAGACUGAUUGUCACUAGUUAAAUAAAAUUCUCAACCUCCUAUCUAAUCAUUUCUGAAAUUUAUGUAUCUUAGAAAUAUGUUUUCUCUUUAACUGUUAAUAAUGCUUUGGGAUAAUACAUUAUGAAUGAAGAUUUAGUUUGUUGUA